ACCUUGACUUCAGUUUGGCUUUGACUUUCAACUUGAAAGUGAAGAGGCAACAUUUAAGAGGACCGGCAUUCUAAAUCACGGACGACUACAUACAUACAAGUGCAAUGUGCUGAUAUAUAUAUACUUUUGGUGCAUUAGCAAUAAUAACUCAAGAAACCUUCAAUUUUAACUCUAUUAUGUAUCACGGCUUGUAAUUAACAAAAAUAGUUGCAUAAAAGUGGAAAACAAUUCGGAUAAAAUUAUUUUUUUCAUGGAUUCAGUUUUCAUGCAUUAAUGCGAUUACAGACAAGUACGACAAUUAACUCAAAAGUAAUAUGCAAGAGUAUUACUUGCACGCACAAUAAGUAAUCUUGUGCAUCUGCCAAUAUUGUCGUUGCGAGUGCGUGUACACAGAUGAACAAAAAAGAUAUGACCGGUUGUUAAACAUCCAACAAUCCACACAACAGCGUAAACUCGACUCGAAAACUCUUUAUUCCAAAGGUACGCAGAAUUUGUGAACCCAAAACUUUCUAUUUUCUGUGUGUUAUGUGCAAACAGAAAUGAUCCAAAUUGAUGGUGAAUUUGCUCUUUUGCACCAUAGGAUGAUAGCCUAGAUUAUGUGACGUUGUGCGCAAUUUAUCACACGGACAAGAUAUAGCAGUGUACUUUGUUUGACUAUUUGGAAAUUGGAUUGUUGACUCGAUUUGUUCUUGUUUGUUAGGGAAGUUAAAAUCGCAUUAUCACGAGAUUUGUCAAAUUUCGACGAGUGAAUGGGUUUAUAUACCUGCUGCUGAAUCUCGAUCACCAGAAUUGUCAACUCUCUACAAUCUCUCAUGACGUGAACCUCUCGCCUCUUCCAUUAUCAUCAUGGGCACAAUUCCCGACUGAUACAAUUUUAAGUAAACAGUUUUUUAGAAUAAAUAAUAUAUUUCCUGAAGAAUAGUUGUAAAUAUAAACAAAAGAUUUUGUUCAGUGUGUCGAUAGCACUUCUGUGUGAGUUCAAUAAUAUUUGACAUCUCGUUAUACACAUUUAUCAAACUCGGACCGUUUGCUAUGCAAACAAAUUCGUGGAAUAUUUUAUCAACCCAUCGCACCCAUAAGGAACUGACUAAGCGGACUGCUCAAUCAAUUUGCACCAAACGGAUUCAAAGUAGCGGUCAGGAGACGCUAUACCAAUACAUUCGCCUGCCUUGAUAUGUACGAUUUGGGGUGACCAUGAUUACAUUUAUCUCAGUUCGAACAGAGACCAACAGCAGAGCAGUAGUAAGAAGUUCAACUUUUGCAAAUUCUCAUCUUAAGAGAACCACAAAUGAAUCGCCAAGAGUGAUCAGCAUAAUCUCCCAAUCACUGCAAUACGCAUGCACAUACUUGAUUAACGAGUUUAUGCAUAAAUACCUAUCAAGUUGGGUUGAGUGAACGUGAUUAGUUUUUGUCACUGCACCGCUGGAGCAAUUGAGUCCGUGAGUGAAUCCAUUGAACUUUGUCAACUUGAUUGUUGGGGACUAAAUUGAGUGUGAUCAUGGAGCUAGUCACCGUGAAACUCAUUGUCCUUGCAAUCUCCGGACUGGUGCGAAUAUUUUUCGGAAUGAUCCCUUUCGUCGUAAUAAAAAUAUUAGCAAGGUCCAUCUGGUCCAAAGGGGCAGACAGACGAAUGAAAAAGGUCAUCUCUAUUUUGAUGUUUUUUGGCGGUGGCGUCCUUCUUGCUACAUGCUUUCUACACAUGAUGCCUGAAGUGCGAGAUUCGCUGCGUGAAGCUGAGCCAGAAUUAGAGUUGCCACUUUCGGAGAUAAUUUUUUUAGCCGGAUUUUUCCUAGUCUACAUUAUCGAAGACAUUGUGCAUUCCAUCAUCCAUCAGAGGAGAAGUCGCAAGGCAGAGGCGAAACAGGCCACUGCUUCCACUGACACGAGCAAGAUGGGAAAGCAAAACAAGAGCAGCAAUAUCAAUGCAAAUCAGAGUUUCUCAGGCAGAACGGGUAGGACUGCGGAAGACAAAGGAUUGCAUAAUAAUGAAGAUAUGACAAUUAACGUUGCCACCACUAAUGGCUCUAAUAUUGCAGCUACAGCAUUUAAUGGCACUCCAAAUGCACCACCAAGUGCCACAAACUCACAAGACUCCCUUUCCUUUUUGAGCGUUGAAGCGCAACAUCGAGGACAAGUUGCGUGCUCAAAUCAGUUGCGUGAAACCAAAAAGAUUUUUCGAAAAAACGGUCCCAAUGCUGAUGAGAUUCCGGGAUUAGCAAAGAGUCGCCUUCAAAACGGCAUGGGUGGAAUUACGAAUGCAGGGUUUGUCCCUGAAAAAUUUCAGUACUAUGAUUCCGACUGGUUGAAAGAUAUUGUAAAUAAUGCCAAUUCUGGGAUUAGUCUACCCAGGGGAAGGCGUUCAAUUUGCAGCGAACUUAUUUUCAACGGAGUUUUUGAUGCUCAAAAUAAAUUUGCACAAAAUGAGUCCGAUCAAGAAGCGCAGAAUAAUAUUCACCACAAUAAUCAUCAAGUCGAUUCACCGCAUAGCUCCACAAUUUCGAACAAUAACAAUGCAAGUUUACAUGCCCAACAACACUCUCAGCAUCGAAAUCAUUCCAAGAAGCAACACAAUCACAGUCACAUGCCUAUCGCUUCCGAGAGCGAAAUUGAUCAAUCAAUUGGAGCAGAAAUUCGAAAUAUUUUAAUUGUGAUUGCAAUAUCGUUUCAUGGCAUUUUUGAGGGGAUGGCAAUUGGACUUCAGGGUUCUGAGGCUGAUGUGUGGUAUUUAUUUCUUGCUGUGUCAUUGCAUGAAUGUACAAUUUUGUUUUGUAUUGGAGUGGAACUUAUCUCUUCAAAAACAAAAGUUUUUCGUAUGGUGCUCUACCUACUUGUGGUAUCACUAGUCAGUCCUGUUGGAAUUGGGAUAGGGAUUGUCAUUUCCGAAAGAGAAUAUGGAAAAGUUCUCCACCAGGCCCUCGUUGUUGGCUGUUUUCAAGGUUUGGCAGCUGGAACUUUGCUGUACGUAAUUUUCUUUGAAAUAUUUCAAGAGGAGGGAAAGAAACUUCACAGAAAAUGUUACCACAUUUUGAUCGCAGUAUUGGGAUUUGUACUUAUGGGGAGCUUGGAGUUUAUGGGGGGACAUCAUCACGGAGAGGCAAAUGGGCUGGGAAACAACUGUUCCACAGGCCAUCACGAACACGGAGGCCAUGACGAUCACGAUCAUUAAAGCCCAUCUUGACUGUCUACCUCAAUAAUAUAAAAAUCCAAGCCAUAUUAAAAUCAAGAUUUUAUGUUCACCUCCUUCGCCUUGUAGUGGAGUCUGUGAUGUUUUUAGUUUUUACACUACACACUUUUAUACCGAAUUAACUGGAAUGCAUAAACUUGGACGAAAGUCCGAGUAAAUUAAGGCUCGAAAGAGUCAAGUGAUAGCCUAACCUAAUUUCUGAAGCAUAGCAUGUUAUUUAAAAACUAUGUCUGCCCAUGUUCAAAGUUCACGUUAAAUACGAGGGAGGAUGUACGAACUUAUAUAGAUCCACGUUUUGGUUUACUGGAAUUAUGAUCAUAACAUGACUAUUAAAUCAAGUAAUUGCACAAAUUGUCCUGCUGUCCAAUAUGGAAGCACGCAAUUUUAAGCGCAUUAUAUAUAGCAAACAAACAAAAUAUGUAUGCAAAAACAACAAUAAUUAGCCUUGAGUUUGGUUUAUGUUUGCAUUUAAAUUAUUUUGACCAUUUCACCAAGACUGAAAACUCUCAUUAGAAUAUACUAAAACGAAUCCGUUUUUUUAUUAAAUUACGCGAAUAAAUUGAACACAGAUCGAUUGUGAAUUUUUACCAUUUA